CAAGAUGGCUGCUACCAGGAUUGGGACAUCUUCGUAGGGGUGGGCUUGGUAGUCAGCCUUGCCCUGCCCUGUCAGGGUCGCUGCGAGCUCGUCAUGAGGCCCGUUAGCUGCCGCACUUUGAACUUCGUUUAUUCGGUGCUGCUGCUGGCCGUUGUUUUCCUCUCCUGGGGGUUCGUGAUCUACGCGUGCACCGUAGCGUCGCAGUGGAUGCUGGAGAAGAAAUAUCCGGGCGUAAUAUUCAGUUUCUGGGGCUGAAGGAACACAAUUGGCAUUCGACAUUAUCUUUACCGGGCACUUUGUUGGGACGUUAUUUAGUUUAAUAAAACUUAUAAUGGAA